AUGGCCCCCAUAACAGCAUCGAAAGGGCGCAACCCCUCACCCAAAGAUGAAUCCUUCACGCAAAUGGCAGACACAGACCUCGAAUCAAUCGGCCGCCAUUGCCAAUACGAAUACUGCGGCCAACUAGACUUCCUCCCCUUCCGCUGCGAAUCCUGCCACAGUACCUACUGCCUAGAACACCGCUCAGAAACGGCCCACAAAUGCCCAUGCGAAGGCGAAUGGGCACGCCGCCGCAACGGAACAGCCACCAACAACCAAGAAAACCGCACCGCCCCCGAAAAACCAAACAUUUACAAUUCAGAGCAGUGCUACCACGUCCAAUGUAAAACCCUCAUCAACACCUUCAAAGACCCCGCCGUCCGCUGCCCACAAUGUAACCACCAAUACUGCCUCAAGCACCGUCUGCGCGAGGAACACGAUUGCGCCAAGAUUACCCCGCUGGGCGCGAGACAGAGCAAUGGCGCUAGCGCUAAUGAUACUAUCAAGUCGAUGUUUGCGCGCGUUCGUACUUGGGGCCGUGAUAAGCAACAGGCGGCUGCUAGUGGGACUCUUUUGCCAAAGCCGAAGCCUAAGCCGAAUAGUCCUGCUGCGCGUGCCGUUGCGCUUAAUACUUUGAAGCGUUCUGCGAAGGGAGAUGCUUCUGUUCCGGCGGAUAAGAGGCUUUAUUUGCAUACUGUUGGGACGGCGGAGACGCAGGCUGCCGAGCCGCCGGCUGGGAACUUUUAUUUCGAUUCACGGUGGAAGGUUGGUCGUGUAUUGGAUGAUGCGGCUAAGAAGUUGAGGGUGGAGAAUUUGAAUAAUCGUGUUGGUGGUGAGGAUGCUAAGUUGCGCAUCUUUCACGUUGAGUCUGGGGAUUUCUUGGAGUUCUCGGAUUCUAUUGGUGCUGGGAAGGUUAAGCAGGGUGACACGAUUGUGUUGCUGCGUGGUGCUGGGGUUGUUCUCGAGAGUUCGUGA